AUGAGUGCUAUUCUAGAACCUUUGGUUAGAGUUGUCGAAUACGUCGAAUCAUUAAAUGCUGAAUAUUUAUCUAAAUCCAGUGAUGAAUUGAAGGCAAUGACCCUUUUCGAAAGGGCUUCCAUUUAUGAUUGGAGAUUUGAAAUGACUUGUACCGUUAUUUUAAUUUUGGUAUAUUUAAUGUACUUCAUUGGUAUCUCAACUAACAAACGCCAUGCAAACAGGUUAUUCAAAAAGUUUAACUCAUAUUUGAAGAAUGACCUGGAAUUUUCUCGUGUUGCUUUCACUGAUUAUGAAGGUAAACAACAAGAAUAUUUAGAUCAACAUCAAUAUAGCUGGUUUACUACUUUUGCUACUGGUAGAUCAUCUAUUGAAAGUAUUACUAUGAGAGCUCAUUUAUUACCUCGUAGCAAUCUAUUGUCUAUUAUAUUCGAAUAUGCUAUUGCUUAUUUCUUCCCAUCUUUGGCUGUGCGUGAUUUGGACGAAUUCGCACAAGUUAUUAUUAAGCCAAAUGGUGUUUAUGCCGCUAAUGCUGAUUCUAAAAUAAACGCUAAUGCUGGUGAAAUAUUGGGUAAACUUCAAUUUAUUACUUCAAUUGUCAACAAAGAUGUUAUGAAUGAUUCACGUAGCAAUAACUACUUCUUAUCCUUGACCCAUACAAGUGAAAGUGAUAAAUUACCAGUCGAAUAUGUAUACAUGUCUGAAGCUAAUCAAUUCAAUGGAUUUUUCCACCACUACAUUAAAGAAACUACUUUAAAUCCAUUAUUGAAAAAUUGUUCAAGAUUCUUACAAUUUAUUAGUUUCACCGAUUUGCCAAUUGAAAAACCUUUAACUCAAAAACUAUUUGAUCAGAAUCAAUCUCCAAAGUGUAUUAUUCGUGUCAAAUUCCCAAAGAGCAACGAAGAAAUCGAGUUAUUGCAAAAAUUGGUAUCAUCUAUAGUUGAAGUUUUUGACAACUGUACCCGCGAUUUAAUCCAAGAUUCUAGUAAUAAAUUUUUAACUAAUGAUUUAUUAAAGAAAUCUGUCACCUUCCGUUCCCAAGAAAUUGACAGAAUUAAUAAAUUAAUGAAACAAGCUGAAUUAGAGGUAGCAAAAGAAAAGAAGUUAGAAUUAGAAAAAGAGAGAAGACGCCAAUUGAAAGAAUCUGGUGAAUUAUCCAAGAUUGACCAGAAAAUGAAAGAGAAAAGAGAAAGACGUCAAAGAAACAAACAGAGAGUUAAGAUGUAA